CCCGGAUACCCCCUCGCUUGGCUGGCGGGGCGGUGCAGGCUGGGGAAGCGGGCACCAGGCGGAGCUAUGGCGGAGCUGAGAGUGUUUCCCCUCUCCUGCGUUGUGCAGAAUUAUGCCUGGGGGAAGAUCGGCCUGGACAGCGAAGUGGCCAAGCUGCUGGCUAGCAGUGAUCCACUGGCACAGAUUGAUCCAGACAAGCCAUAUGCUGAGCUCUGGAUGGGAACCCACCCUAGAGGCGAUGCUGUUAUUCUGGAUAAUCGAAUUCCCCAGAAGACCUUAGGACAAUGGAUAGCAGAUAAUCCUGGAUGCCUGGGAUCUAAGGUCAAGGAGACCUUUCAGGGCCAGUUGCCUUUCCUAUUCAAAGUGCUGUCAGUUAACACAGCCCUGUCCAUCCAGGCCCAUCCCAACAAGGAGCUGGCGGGGAAGCUUCACGCCCAGUUUCCCGAGCACUAUCCAGAUGCCAAUCACAAGCCAGAGAUGGCCAUUGCACUGACCCCCUUCCAGGGCAUGUGCGGCUUCCGGCCUGUGGAGGAAAUUGUGGCUUUUCUCCAGGAGGUGCCCGAGUUCCGGGCGCUGAUUGGCAACGUGGCAGCAGAGCAGCUGGAGCGCAGUGUGUGCAAUGACCCCCGAGGCGUGUCUGCUGCACUGCGGGUCUGCUUCACCAGGAUGAUGAAGAGCGAAAAGAAGGUUUUUGUGGACCAGCUGAAUAUGCUGGUGAAGAGGAUUUCCCAGGAAGUUGCUGCGGGGAAGGACACCUCGGGGAGCAGCGGGAAGCUGCUGCUGCAGCUGCACUCACAGUUCCCGGGAGACAUCGGCUGCUUUGCCAUUUACUUCCUGAACCUAGUGAUGCUGCAGCCAGGGGAGUCUAUGUUCCUGGGAGCCAACGAGCCUCAUGCCUACCUCUAUGGAGACUGCAUUGAAUGCAUGGCAUGCUCCGACAACACCGUGCGAGCAGGCCUGACGCCCAAAUUCAUUGACGUGCUCACUCUGUGUGAAAUGCUGAACUACACCCCAGCACCCAGCAGCUCCAAGAUCUUUGCUCCCACGCAGAGCCGCUUGGAUCCCUGUGUCUACCUCUACGACCCGCCUGUGCCAGACUUCACUGUCAUAAAAAUAGAGAUUCCCUCCUCUAUUAAGCUGUACCUCAUCUCAGCCAUCGACUCUGCCAGUAUCCUGCUGGUGAUCCAGGGCACGGCCGUGGGCACCUCCACCGCUGCCAUUUCUGAAAUGACCCUGCGCCGGGGCUCAGUGCUCUUCAUCUCUGCCAAUGAGAGCGUCUCCCUGCACCUGUCCUCCCUAGAUGGAAUGCUGCUUUUCCGAGCCUGCUGCCUCCUCUAGCCUGGGACACUUGGCACCUACCCUGCUGUGACUCCACUUAGAAUAGAUAGAAACUGGCCUGUGCAAACUAGACUUGCACGUGAUGGGUUAACCUGAAAUUUGCCCACACACCAUUGUGUCCAAACCUAAAGCAGCAGGGUCCCAAUCUGUAGAAGCAGCAACUCCAACUCCCAUCCCCUGCCUUGCCUUUCUUCAGCUCCCAGCAUUAAAUGAAGUGCUGGGAGGAAGAGUCCAUUACCUUUCCCUCUCCCAUUAUGUAACACUGUAGAGGCAGCUGCUCUCAUAUCUGCUCCAAGUGGAUACGGAGAGUAGUAGGUGAGUUUCUCUUAACAUAGUGCAUCCUGUAGUGCCAGCAGAGCAUUACCUGCACUGUGAUAUCUGUCCUUUUGGUCUCAAGUGGGCCAUGGAGUUGUAGCUGGAAUGGGGGGGGAGGGGGAGGAUGUGGCUGGGAUUUGUAUGGUGGUAAGAUAGCUCCGAAAGGGACUCUUACCACAACUGGAAAGCACAGUACUGCAAGGGAACGCUGGUGAGUUCCUGCUCGAGGGAUGCUGUGCCCACCUGUCUGGGGGGAACCUAUAGAAUAAGAUUGUUUGGUUGUUGCAGGAAACUCUCAGUGCUUUUUCUCCUAGCUUGUCAAUUUCCAUCCCUAGUGAUGCAGUUUCAAGCCCCGUGAAGGGUUAGCAGUGGACGCAGACUUAGGGUAAGAUGGCACUCUUGAGUCAUGCUAUUAGAUGGGAGUAGGAUAUUCCCCAGCCAUAAGCAGAUCCCUGUGCUGUGCAGGGGAGAGAUGGACCCUUUCAACGGAGUUCAUUGGAGCAUCUCAAGUGGCCUUGAUCAUCUUGCUGUCUCUUAUGGACACAUUGUAUUUGAAAUAGGUGCUAGGUAUAAUGGAGAACUUGUGUGGCUCUCACCCCAAUCUGUCCAAAGCAUUUCCUGCAGCAGCUAGGCUGACAGUUGGGAUUGAAUCUGGGGCUUGUCCAAGUCUCCUCUCUGCCUGCCACCUGCUAGCAUUAUUGACUCAUUUUCAUGAACAGCAAGUGCAUCUGUAAACCCCUCAGCCAGCAAACCCUCUCUCCCAUAUGCCCACUUUACUGAGCCCCCUGAUCUUUGGCCUAAAGCCCUAGUCUGGAGAUGGGUAUUAGACACUCUGCAGCUGCUCUUCCAAAGAAGACGAUAGUUAUUCCAUUGUGUGUAUGUGCAAAUUAGACACUUCUCCUAUGGGUAGAGUGUGGAGGAGAGUCAAGUGGAGUAAGGCUGAUAGAGGGCCAGAAGUGACCAAAUGUGUUUUUGGCAAUUAGAGAAAGGGAGGGUGUGUGCAAUCCUGAGCUGUGCUGAAUCAGCCAGACUCUUCAUUUGUUGCCUUCCUCCGCCACUGACCACAGAAUUGCCUUGGGCUUAAACUUGCUAUCUUCAUAACAACAAAAAGAGAGGAGGCUGGGAGACUCCUCCUCCCCUCCAAAUUCUGCCCCAGCAAGGCAAAUUCCUUAAAGCAAGACAGCAGAGGGGGUGAACUGUGUAGACUGGUAAGGGUCUAUCCUGUCCUGAAGCAGGCAUCUCAGACUAGUUGGAUGCAGAGGCUGUGGGGGCUAGGAAUUAAGAGCAAUGGUCAGCAUCAGAGCUCCUGAGUUUUCCUGCUGACAAUUCUACAGCGAGGCAGAAGCAAGUCACUUAACUUCUGUACCUCCAUCCCAUACCCUGCAAAAUGAGACUGACUGAUCUACCUCACGGGGGUGUUGAGGCUGCAUGGAUGAAUGUUUGAAGUGCUUGGAGCUCCUUGGCUGGAAUGUGCUAUAUGAGUAAAGUAUUAUCCUUGCCCGUCAGGGGGAAACAGCCUUAGCUGUCCCCCUUCCUCUCAGCCAGACUAAUCCCCACUAGCUCUGCUGCACUAGAACUGUGUUUAGAUUGCUGGACCUAGUUCUGAAGGGGGAAGCUUAAAGGGUGGUUAGUUCAAUUUGCUGAAUCCAACAGGUUGCUCUUGUUAGAUUUCAUUUGGUUGUAACUCCCAUAGUCACAGGCUAGUGCUAUCAGUUAUAUAGGACCAGGCUUUCUACAGCCCAUUACUCUGUCCCAGCAAGACUGUGACACUAUCUAAGCCUGGUGCUAUUUCAAUGUGCCUACAGCUAUAGAUAUUGACUGUUGUGUUAUAGUCUAACAGGAGAGGUCAUCCCUACAGGGGCAGUUGGCUUAAGCUUGCAGAUGACAGUUGCUGGCAUUUUUGGUGGGAAGCAACCUGGUUGCAACAUUCCACAAGAGAAGAGAUGUGCACCUACUCAUGGUGCUAAUGUUAAGGGUAGUUGAGGCUUGAUUUGUUCACAUCUUAAUGGCAGUCCUAAUGUGUAGCCCUUGAACUGUCUUUGGUCCCAGUGUGGUGACUAGGUCAGGCAGCAGCACAGUGACAUCAGUAUUAAAGAAUUCACUUCAGUUUUCCAACCCCAGAAUGAUCUGCUGGGAACACACAGGCUGCAGCAGCCAGGCUCAUAGGGUAAGACACUUCCAUGGGUGGAGUUAAUCCUUGUUCUUUCACCUGCCUGUUGCUCAUUUCAAUCUUUUAACCAUGGAGACUCAGCCAGGGCUCUGUUCCUCUUCAGUUCCUUGUUCUGUGGAGAGCGGGGGGUUCAUCUGUCACUGAACCUAGAUUAAUCUGAUACGUACUUCCUCAGGACUUAGUCAGAAUUACACAGCAUCAGACUCCACUCCAGUGGAAUAAUCCCCUCUUUGUUUGGCUUUAAAGAAAAACUCCUAAUUUGACGUAAUAUUUUAGGCAAUUCCUGUGUUGAGAGGGGAGCACAGUGUUUGUUGUACAAUGAACCUGAGCUCUUAACUGGAUUCAUUCUGGAAGGAUUGAAUAGGCUCUGCAGGGGUGGGGAAGGAAAGCUGCAGCAAGAACUGAACCCAAGGAGGAACCAGCCUUAGGCAUAUAACCUGUAUUUAUGAACCAGUGAUGAGUGAGACUUUUCUUCCCACACACGUGGCUGUGCUGGUUUGACUUGUGCACCAUAUGCUGCUCUCCCAAGAGCUAUAAAUUCAUUUAGCAGGGUGGUACGGCUGGGGUAGCAGUGACAAAGAACCUUGUAGCAUGGUAUGUAUGUUAAUAGCUAAGGUAUAUUCAUGGACUGGAAUUUUGUAACAAAGAGGAAUAAAUAAAGAGUCACUGCAGAAGACAGUCCUGGGCACUGUCUGCACUUCAUUUCAAAAGGGGUAUUAGGAAGAUAACCAAAAUGUGCCUGUGACCCUGCAGGGGAGGAGGGUAUUCCCUCACCCAGGAUCAAAGCUCUGAGCAGUCCCCGACCCACUCCUUGCUUAGGCCAGUCACAAAUAGCUUCCAGGAGACCUAAGCCUCGCUGAAUUCUGCCAGUUCUCUAAAGUCAACCAGCAACUCUUUCAGUUGCACCAAGCAGCAUGUGUGAUUGCUCCCAACUACGGCAAAACACACCGCUUGUGUAACACACGAUCAAGUUUAUUAUAAACAAAACUUCCCUUGAGCAGGAAUGUAUAAAACUUUGUCGUAGUUCUCUGUAGCAAUACUUAAGACGUUAGAUUUCUUUAGAAGCUGGUUGUCCUCUGCAUAUCACAGCGAGACUGAUUUAAGGCAGCUUUUUAACUUCAUGUCAGAGACACCCCCCCCCCCACCCUCCUUGUCUUCUGUCAUUGCCCCAAACCCCCCCACACAAUGAUCUGCUCACUACUUAACCUAGAGGUUCUGGACUAAAACCUACAUAGCCACAACGCUCUUGUAUUGUCUUGGUAGUUGAACAAGCACCAUUAAAGAACAUUAGACUAGAACAGAGAUUAACUUUUAGCUAAAACAGCUCCCUGCAAUUGACUGGGAGAGUAUUUUCCACAGCAACAGGAUCUGAAACAAAGGCCCUGAGAUUUAGCAGGAAAGGGUACAGCAUCAUAUUCCAACUCCCUGUUUUAACAAGUGAAAGGCAAGUAGGAAGUUAAGCACAGAACCAAGCAGCCAAACCUUUUGGGCCACUACUAAUGUGAGUGCACCGGUGCUGGUGGGGAAGUAAACCCUCCAUAACCUUUUCACUGCUGUCCACCAGACAUGGACUUGGGUGCAACAUAUAGCCCUAAGUAAGGCAGCACACUUGGUGUGGCCCACAGAUUUAGAGGUGCCGUGAAAUCCAAGCUCAUUUAUUCAGCUGUUGGGAUCAGGAAAGUGCCACUGAAAGCAGCCAGAGUCAGCCAACUUCUAGGCCCAGCCCAUACAGGUACUUACAGAACAACCCUCUCCUCGAGGAGAUGUCAACGGAAUGGGCUCAAGUGCACUGGUCUGGGACCAUCCAGCUGAAAAAAGGUCACAAGGGGAGGGAACUCAACACACUUCACAAAUAAAUUAAAUCAGCUUCAGCCAGCAGAGAGAGGAGCCUCAACAGUUGGUGACGUGCCAUCCCAGAUUUUAGCAUCAAGACUUCCUGUCCUUGAGACCCCUAUUACAUCCAGGAGUAAUUCUGGCAUCCAAGCCAGCAUCCCCUCUAGGCUGCAGCAUUAGUGUCAGACUAUGCUCAGUCCCCAGGAUAUACAUAAUGACCAAAAGGCAACAGUAACUUGGAAAUUGCUCCCUCCUCUGGCCAUGACACCAUAUUCUGGACAAGAAUGCUCAAUCACUGCACACAGCUGAAUACUAAUGAAGACACAGUGUAAAGGACAGGGCUAGGACAGCGGUGGUACAGAGACUACACUCCAGAGCUCAAAACCUCACUGCCAGUCAGUGAACAUCUGACUAGCAGAAAAAAAUAAACAUCUAAAUAUCAACCAAACAGCCCUUCAAGUGUUUCCAUACCAUCAUAAUCGCUACAUAAAACAAUCUACUACUAAGAAUUACUGUUCGUGUGCACAGUAAGUCAAUGGCAGGGAAGUCACAGUUUUGGUUGCUAUUCCUGUUCUGGAGGGCAAAGAAUUAACAAUGGAAUUUAAACUAACUAACGCUGAGGAUUGUGGGAGGAGGCUCAGAAUCCUCAAGCUACUUUGAUGCAGGUUUUUUUGUUUGUUUGUUUGUUUUUUAAAAGAAACUUCCUUCAUUUUUAGGGUAAAGACCAAAUCCAUCUUUAUGAAUUUUGUCCUUUUAGAGGAAGUCAGUUCAUUGUAUCAUAAUGCUUUAAGAGAUCACAUCAGCACAAUAGAUAUAUUUCAGGACUGUCCAAAGCCCACCAUAUUUGGGAUUGGGUCACCAAAAAAAAAAAAAAAAAAAACCCCACAAAACAUGACAGGAAGCAAUCCUGACAGUAUGCCAUGAUGCAGAGAUUCACAGUCGACAGCAUGAGUAAGAGCAGCACAAGACUCAGCCUGAUUUUGUAUUUUUGUAACUUAAAAGUUAUCAGCCAAAUUCACACAAACUUCUCACUCCUAAGUUCAGACCUUCCAUGGCAGAGUAAACCCAGAGUAAAACUACUAUGACCUAGUCAGAAGCCCCUAAAACCCACUAAUAAACAGAAAUUGACAUGUCCUACAAGAGAUGUUAGCAGGGUUUCUAUAUAAUAUGGUGUGCCAGUGGUCCAGUCAGACAACUAGAAGCCAGUCACCUGAUUAAUCACAUCAGAUGCAUGGAAUGUAGAGUGCUCUCAGUAGGCAACAUGGCAAUCUUUAGCAAACAGCCUCUCAAAUAAAGGAGCUCAAGACCCUGCCCACACCUGCCUUGACCCUCAUCACCACACCCAGUCACUUCACAGUGCCUGCCCUGGUAUUCAAAAGGAGCAGCAAGCUUUGGUUUUGAUCACUAUGUAUAGAUUUAGUUCAAAGCAAACCCAGAGCAAUUAUAGAUGCCAUUACAUCCAUUAAUCUAACUAGACACUUAUCAGGCAGCCCUCCUCCUUCAUUAACCUCUGCUGUUUCCCAGAGGAAUUCCAUCUCAGCUAGCCUACCUCAACCUCUCUGUCCCAGAGGGGCCCUGCAGACUUCAAGCCAGGACUUGUGAAUACACCAAAGAAAAAUAAAUAAAUAAAUAAAUAAAUGCAGACAGUUUGUUAGGUCACCUCCACAGAAGUGGAGAUUAAAGGCCAGGGCCUGAAGUUGCUUAUGAGAUACACUCAGAAACUGUAGUGCUGCAGCUGUAAUGGUACCAUCCAGGAUCUCUAACCACCUUGAAAGCCCCAUGACAAAGGUUUUGUUGUGGUGGUGGGUUUUUU